GUUUCUUUUUACCUGUACCUGCAUGCCGAUGUUUACGAGUGGUUCCGUGCAUGUAGUCGGCGUUUAAUUGAAAGUAUUUGAGUGACAAUUUCUGUUGGUUAUCGACCAAGCUUCACCUGACAACCGUCGUGCCGUCUGCUUCGGGGAGAGAACAGGUGCCGCCAGUCCUCGAGGGGGCUAUGUGAGAAGCGACCGUUUCCCAGGGCCAGAAGUUUUCCCUGUGACGUCGAAUAUUUACCUUUCGCCGUGUCUUCCACAAGCAAACCUCAAACCAAGUGUUUCGUUGACUGUUUCAUCGGUGCAAUACGUUUUCAAUCCAGGAUAUGGUGAAUGUGCCACGGUAGCAUCAAGCGUUGGAAUUUGAGGCGUGAAAGGAAUUCGCAAUCUACAGAUGCUAGAUGAAUGGCAGCCAUGCCAGGGGUGAUGAAGUUAGACAGCUGGGACGACAGGCACUCGAUGAACAGCGACUUUGACCCGUAUUCUGUGCGCAACGGAUCUUCCCCGAGUCGGCGAGAAGCAGACAUGAGGGGCUCACGGUCACCGUACUCCAACGGUUACAAUUCCGAGCACCACCACAAUGACUUUGGUGAAGAAGUCGGUCCCACCUAUUUUCUCGAGCACCUGGCCACUUUCUCUGUCGGCCAUCAGUAUGCCUUGGAAACCCCAAAAGAUGGGCUGCGAAAACUCUUCCAGAUGGAAAAGUCCAAGGGCAUUUGGACGCAGAAGAUGAAGAUGAGGCUUGACCGCAAGUGGGUCAUCAUCAUCGAUUGUGAGAAUGGGGACAUUGUAGAGCGUUUCCCCAUGAGCCUCAUCAGCGAGCCGACGGCGUUCACAUCCGACGAUCCGCGUGAACUGUACAACAACAUCUUGGUGUUUGUCGUGAGAGAUGACGCCGCUCCUCACCAGGGGAGCCACGAAGAAAUGCACAUCUUUCAGUGUGUGCGCGUGUCUGCCCAGGAAGUGGUGGACGACAUAAAGGCUUUCAUGGUUGGAAAGUGGAAGUCUGGCAGGAGCAGCCAAGGAGCUUCCCCACAUUCCAUUCCCCCACCCCCCAGUGUCGCGCCCCCGGAGCCCCCGGUGAACGGCAUCAACGUUCGAGAGCAAGUGAGCAUCUUCAAUGCUGUGUCCGCGUCACCCCCUGGACCGGACGCCGUAACCCCUCCUCCGCCCGGAGGGCGACAGUCGCACGAGAAGGUGGAAGCCGUACGUGCUUCGAGCGGGAACGCAACUUACUUGAGAGACUCCAACGAUGAGACGAGCUCCACGAGCAGCGAAAAAUACGAGCGGGAUGUGGCUAUCCUCAACCACUGUUUCGAUGACAUCGAACGAUUCAUUGCGAGGCUGCAGCACGCGGCAGCUGCGUACCGGGAGUUAGAACGACGCAGAAAGUCGCGGAAGAACAAGAAGAAAGACCUGGGAGACGGCAUGCUCAGCAUGCGAGCCAAACCUCCACCUGAACGGGAGUUCGUGGAUAUCCUUCAGAAGUUCAAACUUUCUUUCAACUUGCUGGCCAAGCUGAAGAACCACAUCCACGAACCCAAUUCCCCGGAGCUGGUUCACUUCCUCUUCACUCCGCUCGCGGUGAUUGUGGACGCCGCACGCGACUGCCGCCAGGGGGCGCUCGCGUCGCGGGUGGUCAAUCCGUUGCUCACGCGGGACGCUGUCGAGCUCCUCACCAAUUGCUGCACCUCGAAAGAAAACGAGCUGUGGAGAAGUCUCGGCAAUGCCUGGACGACGCCCAGGGAACACACCAAGGGCUUCGAAGAGGAACAGUUCAGACCAAUCUUCUCGGAUGGGUGGGCGCCGGACUUUGGACCCGAAGAGGGAAUGGAACCUGUGGUGCACCGUGCCAGGAGAUCCCAAGAGAUGGAAGUCCGCGAAGCCCCCGAGUAUCAGCAUCAUCGUAGCUCCGGAGGCCAUCACGAAGCCGACAGCCGUUUUGGAGGCAGCGAUUACAUGAGCGAUCGUCCGAGCUCUCUCCAGGUCUCGCCCUACGACAGAAGCUUCUCUCCUCGUGACCACAUGGAAAGACCCGGCACACGUACUCCGUCGGAGCAGGACGUGCGGGAGACUCGCUCGGACCUGAGCACGGACUCCAUGGAGCAGGGCGACCCGCGCAUGCGCGAGCAGCGUGCCUGGGCACAGGAGCUGCGUGCCCAGGGCACCAAAGUGGUCCAGGUUGUGUACCCGCGGACAGCGAACAACGACAAGGAACUGACUGUGAUGCGUGGGGAGUACCUUGAGAUUUUGGACGACAGUCGCAAAUGGUGGAAGACUCGCAACAUCCGCGGACAAGUCGGUCACGUGCCGCACACCAUAGUCACCCCAGUCCAGGACGACAGCAGCAGCUACGACCAGGGCAGCACCAGGGAUCAUUACAGCCCCAGCGAAUCACCGACGGGACACGACACCUCUGGCGACGUGAUGACCCCGUCGACCUUCGGGGGCGGUCCCAGGGGGCCGCGCCAGCCACCGGCGCCAGCAGAGUGGGUCCGCCGCGAGCGUCAGGGAAAGAAAGAUACACCGCCCGAGUCGCGCGAAUGUCGGCAACAUGAAAACUCAUCAGAUUCCCGUGAACGCCAGCAGUAUGAUCCUCCACCCCCAGCACCUCCUCCUCCUCCACCUCCUGAGCCACCGAUAAGAGCCCCCGAACCAGUAGUAAAACCUCCGGAGCCCAAACCCACGACGACUCAUCGUCCUCCCAAAGAACCUAAGGGUCACUCGUUUGAGGAAGAGCUCAAACUCCGCGUCAGCUUGGGGCCCAAAGCGGACAAGAAAUGGGGCAAGGUGAGGGCCUCCGCCAUCCAGUCCACGUACAUCACGCCGGAGUCGACGCCGGCCGAGGUUCAGGCGUGGCUCACGAGCAAGGAUUUUGGCGACCGCGUAAAAUCCCUCUGCGAAGACCUUAGCGGAGCGCACAUGUUUGCCCUGACGAAGGAGCGCCUGGAGAGCGUCUUGCCAGUAACGGACGUCGCGAGGUUGAUGAGUCACCUGACCGUCCAGAAAAACCUUUGCAAUUACAAGCCUCCGCACCAGAGUCAGCUGAGCGAAAUCCUUCAGGCCAGGAGGAGCUACGUGGAAUCUGACAGGGACAUUCCCGUCAUCAAGGUCGAAGACACUUCGAAAUCGUCCCGUCCGACGGUGCUCGUGAAGCGUGCCACGUCCGGUCAGAGGGACAGCGUUGCUUCAGAAUGAGACUGACGUGUCUCCAGACUCUGCCUGUGCAGCCCACUAACUUCUUUAGCGUCACCUUGCCAAUUCCCAAGUAGAACGGCCGAAAAAGGGCAAAGAAAAACUACUAAGCACGAGGAAUUGAUCUAGCCUUAGCCCUACAGAGUGUUGUAGUUAGUGAGCCGACCUUUUUCUUGGCCGCUGGCACAUAUGUUGCGUCGAGUUAACUUUACUUAGCCCUUUAUCCUGCGCUGUUCCUUGCAGAUGGCACAAUUUUUUAAAAAAAAUCGCAUUAAAAGGCACAUUUCCCGGUUUCUGGGCAUGCAGCAGUGAUGCCCUCCAGCAGCAGCGUCUGCAAGUUUCCUGCGCUCUAGGGAACUGUAGUAGUAACACCCUGUGAUUUGUUCUGCUUACUGUUCCAGUACAUUCUAGAACGUGGAAUGAAAUGACACACACACAAAAAAAAAAGAAGGCUGAGAAGCAGAAUUGCAAGCAUAGAGUGUUGUUUGUGAUUCUGACGUGAAGCUUUGCGGGCAGCAAAAUGUAAUCUUUCUUUUCAGAUAUUGUAACUACGAGAGAGUGUUGCCUGUAGACAACGUAGUGGCACGCGUCUUCGUAUCCACGGUGUUUUGAAAGUGCCACUGCAACACAUGAAACGUUUUCUUUUUUAUGAGCGUUCAUGCGUUGACAUCUACAGGGUUAACUGUUACAGGGUUAAGAGUAUAUAUUCUUUUGUGUAACGAAUUAGAAUUCAUGAAGACUCUUUCACGUAGAAAAUGUAAUUAGACAAAGUGGAAUUAGCAAGAAUGUUACGCUGUUGAUUACAUGUGUGUGUUUUGCGUGCAGCUAUCGCGAAAGUAUUUUUAUUUGUUACGUUUUUAUUAGUUAUAGUACGUUUACCUCGUGUUUUACACUGUACGCACUGCCUCUUGUGAUGUUAGGCCCAGUGGCCCGUGAACAAUGAAUGCUGCGUUACUAGAAAAGAAAAGUUUUUGUAUAGUUUGAAUAGUACUAUUAUACAGAAGAAAAGAAACAUAUGUAUGGCCCGUGAUGUUGUACUUACACCAUCCCGGUGUUCUCAGAAAGCAGGCUGUAGUCUGAAAGUGUCUGUUUUGGUUCCAGUACAAGAACAAUAUGCACAUAUUGAGUGUUUUUUAUUCGUUACAGAUUUUUUAAUAAAAAUUAUGAGAGCAGCGCUGAUGCCAUUUUGGCAGGCGGGUAGCAUGUAGCUAUACUGGACGACUAAUGAUCUAAAGUUAAUUAACUUUGAAAUUAGAGGUUCUCGCGAAAAUUCGAGACAGCAGAAUUGGAGGCGAUCAUUAUUUGAAUCCAUCCUCUUUCUUAAACAUCCCGAAACGAGCACGUUUUUGGGACAUAAAUUGCCGAACUUCGGUUGAAACCGAAACCACGCACAUCUUGAGCGCAGAAAUGAUGAUCGCUUCGGCUUAUGUCGGCCGGAGAGCGGUCUAUCUGGCUAUCAGAUCAGCGCCUAUGCCAAUCAGCUCCAUCGCUACGAAACACGUGGUCGUCCGACGCGAUCGCACCCUUGUGCUCGAGAAGUGCGUAGUUUUUCAUUUUCAUACCAAAGUUUCGGGAUUUGUCCCAAAAACGUACUGCUUUCAGGAUGCUUAAAGGGACUAUGAAAUUUCCCGAACCCCCAUACUUUUCUUCGAUGGAAACUGUUCUUCCCGCAGAGAAACUAAUAUGACACAAAUUUUUCCGGACGAAAUCGCUCCACUCUGUGAGGAGCGCGCGCUGGAAAUGUCUCUUCCGCGUUCAUCCUCUCCCGCGCAUAUUUCCCUGCCGAUGGUGUAACUGUACGGACCGCUCUUCGGUUCCCCGUUACGUCACCGGUGUUGCACAAUGGCAAGUAAUGCCGCGAGCUCGCGCUGUGGCAACCGCCACUGCCGAAAUCUGCCGAUCGCGCGAAAGCUGCUGUCAUGGAGAUUUCCACUCCCGAUGAACGCAUACGCGGGAUCCUACGGCGCAUGCUCCUGGCGGGAUUCCUCGGCUCGGCAACACGUCACGAUGACGUGUUGCUGAGCCGGCCGUGGCCGCGUCAAGUUACCCGUUGUGUCUCCGCUCGGCAGCUCGUCACGGCGCGGCGCCAGCUGUCCUCCCUUCGCCGCUCCGUUUAAAUUCGCUCCCGAGAAAUCCGCUCGCGCGACGAAAGUAAAAUUUCGGUUCUAGGCUCAGAAAAAUGUCUUCUUUCGAACGAAACGAAGAAAAAAAUCGUUUCAUAGUCCCUUUAAAAAAGAGGGCGGACUUAAAGGAUGACUGGCUCCAUAUCUUCUAUCUGGCAUUUUCCAAAAAACGUGUAAUUAAUAAAUUAAUUGAUGAUUUUUAAGCAUUUAGUCGUUACAUGCGCUUUCUGGUAGGAUGCCCGCUGUCAAAGCCGCAUCCGUAGGUUGCUCUUGUAGUUUUAUUAUAAAAAUUAUGUAAGGGAUAAAAACAAAAAAAAAACGCCUAGUAUACGUACACAAUGAACAAUAUGGACUGCUUGCAGCAGGAGUGCUGAACUCAUUUCGGGACCAAUCACGACCAGCAUAGAGCGAGGUGGGGACGAUACCGUCCAUUAGCAAUAUUAAAAACUAUACUGAAAACGACAUAAA